UGGGGGCGGCGUUAGUCUGCGAGUGAGACGCAGGUUCGGUCCAGACGAGCAGGAGGGCGCGCGAGAAUCCACGCGUGCACGAACUCCGCCGAGCACAACUCUGAUGGAUGUUUGAGCGCCGCGCACUCACGCGCACAUCGGGACCUGCUCCGGUUUGGGCCGAGUUCGAAUCCCUUCCCGCUCGCGAGAAUGCACGGCGGGACCUGCGGGCCGCUUCUGGCCACGCUGUGCAUCCUCAUCGUGGACCGAGUUGGAGGCUACACGUACAGGAACCAGCGCAAGCUGACGGAGGACAUGGACUGGUCGUAUGACGGAACGUUGAACCAGGACAACUGGGCCAAGAAGUUUCCGUCAUGCAGCAGCGCCAAGCAGUCGCCCAUCAACGUGGAGGAGAACCUGGCCCAGGUCAAGCUGCAGUACCAGAAGCUGAGGCUGGAGGGCUGGGAGGACUUGACGGGGGAGCGGACCACCAUCAAGAAUGACGGCAAGACCGUGGCAGUGCACCUGGACGGAGACUUCUACGUCAGCGGAGGGGGUCUCAGGUCAAAGUUCAAGGCGGGGCGCAUCACCUUCCACUGGGGGCGCUGUAACGCCUCCUCCGACGGCUCCGAGCACAGCUUGGAUGGCGUCAAGCACCCCCUGGAGAUGCAGGUGUACUGCUACGAGCCGCUCCGAUUCGAUUCCCUGGAGCAAAGCAUGAAGGCCGGAGGCCGAGUCACAGCCCUCGCCGUGCUCUUUGAGGUGACCUCGGAGGACAACGUCCACUUUGAAGCCAUCAUCGAGGCCAUCAAAAGAGUGAGCAGAUACGGUACGUCUCCUUCUCCUCUCGUCCCUUCUGUUCGGGCUUUCCUUCUAAAACUUGUUCUUUUAUCCUCAGAGGAUUCAGCCCGAAUUGCGCCCUUCGUGCCGCGAGGUCUGCUGCCCAACUCCACCGACAAGUAUUUCAUUUACAACGGCUCGCUGACCACACCGCCUUGCAGUGAAACUGUGGAGUGGGUGGUCUUCAAGAACACUGUGGCCAUCUCCGCCGACCAGUUGGAGACAUUCUGCGAGGUGAUGACCAUGCAGCAGGCGGGCUACGCCAUGUUGAUGGACUACCUGCAGGACAACUACAGGGAGCAGCAGCCCGUCUUCCUGGGUCAAGUCUUCUCCUCCUACACUGGCACAGAGGAGGUCCACACGCCAGUGUGCAGCUCGGAGCCGGAGAACAUCCAGGCCGUGGUCUACAACCUCAGCAGUCUGCUGGUGACUUGGGAGCGCCCGCGGGCCGUGUAUGACGGCGCCAUCGACAAAUACUCGGUCAGCUACAGGAUGGCCGAAGCGGUGGGAGACGCCCCCUCGGAGUACCUGACCGACGGAGACCAGGACGUGGGGGCGAUACUGGACGACGUAACCGCCAACUCCACCUACGCGGUCCAGGUGGUGGCGGUGUGCGCCAACGGCCUCCGCGGACGCACCAGCGACGUCCUCACGGUCGCUAUGGCCGUCGACGACCCCGCAAACAGUCUCCUCCCACCUGCAAAUGAGUUUGAGGACGAGGACAUCUACCAACCGUACCUCACCUGGGAUGACGCCGCAAAAACCGAAGACCCGCCGUGGAUUCCGACAAAGCCCCCGAGGACCUCCACAUCACCGAGCCUCCUCCAACCUGUCGCCAUACCCACCACAUCAGGGUCCGUUGUGUCAGUCACAUCCCUUAGUUCUGGUCGGACCAGUGAACGCAGUACCUCCAUCGUGCCACCAGGGACCGCCACAUCACCACACGUCCAAGGGUCCGAGGACUCCACCCCUUCUUUUGACAUCACAACCAAGCCAGCGCUCACUUCUGCCACUCUUUUGCACGCGAAGGCCAGCGACGCCCUCGGCGGCGUCAGUACAAAGUCCCCUGAGAGCAAUAGCGUCAGUAUGACGACGAGCCCAGUAACGACUUUAGGGAGUCAAGGUGCACCCUCAAACGGCACCGUCUUCAACGUGAGUGACACGGCAUCGUCUGUCCAUUUCGGGACAGAUGAAGGUCCGGCAACGCCCGGAAGGGACGAUUGGACCACCGACGCAAGCGGACUGGAAGACAUCCUGGGGGUCCAGAGAGCGCCGUCUUCCCCGUCGACCCCGGGUGUGUCUCGUACCACAACCACAGAGACAUCCAUGUGGCGGGACGGUGUUCUCUCGCAGACCGUGGCAACGAUAUCGAACGGACUGGAAGACGUUCCGGGGGUCCAGAGAGCGUCGUUUUCCUCGUCGACCCCGGGUGUGCCUCGUACCACACCCACAGAGACAUCCAUGUGGCGGGACGGUGUUCUCUCGCAGACCGUGGCAACGAUAUCGAACGGACUGGAAGACGUUCCGGGGGUCCAGAGAGCGUCGUUUUCCUCGUCGACCCCAGGUGUACCUCGUACCACACCCACAGAGACAUCCAUGUGGCGAGACGGUGUUCUCUCGCAGACCGUGGCAACGAUAUCGAACGGACUGGAAGACGUUCCGGGGGUCCAGAGAGCGUCGUUUUCCUCGUCGACCCCGGGUGUGCCUCGUACCACACCCACAGAGACAUCCAUGUGGCGGGACGGUGUUCUCUCGCAGACCGUGGCAACGAUAUCGAACAGACUGGAAGACGUUCCAGGGGUCCAGAGAGCGUCGUCUUCCUCGUCGACCCCGGGUGUGCCUCGUACCACACCCACAAAGACAUCUAUGUGGCGGAACGGUGUUCUCUCGCAGACCGUGGCAACGCUCUCCAACGCCACAACUCCUGAGUCCUCGUUCUCACUGUCUGAUGAGACCUCCGUCCUCCCUUCCUCCCCCACAACCACCGUCCCCGCAGUUGCCACCCUUGAAUGGCCACUGGACACCAGUAGCGGUGUCUCAGGUUCAGCGCUCUCCCCUGACCGGCAGGACGGCACGGAUCAGGAGUGGGACAGGGUCCAGUUCUCGGCCUCGGGGGAGAGCACGCUAACUCAUUCCACCGACGCCACUAACACCGCUUCUUCCACCGACGCCGCUAACGCCGCUCCUUCAUCCGGCAGCUCGCAAUCUGGACAGACCCCCGAGGAUCUGGAAGACCGGUCCUCUGCGUUCUAUUUCGAUAGCGAGAGCGGCAGCGGCAACGCCACUGGAUCAGAGCGAGCAGGCCAGGUCGUGACGCCAAGCCUUCCCGCGCCGACCUCGACUCCGCCGCCGACCCCCACUUCGCUUUGGUCGCUGGGCGGAGACGAGGAGAACGGCUCGGGUCAGGGCGAGAGUCUUUACGACAACGAGACCUCCUCGGACUUCAGCAUCUCCGAGCGCACGGGACGGGAGUCGGAGAACGAGGAGGAGCCAGUCGCAGACGUCAGCAACAGCAGCCACGAGUCUCGGGUGGCUUCCAUCAGGGAGGGCGAGAGGAAGGCGGCAGUUCCCCUGGCUGUCAUCUCCACGCUCACCGGCCUCGGCCUGCUGGUCCUCAUCGGCAUCCUGGUCUACUGGAGGGUGUGCUUCCAGACCGCUCACUUCUACGUGCAAGAAGGCUCCUCGCCCCGAGUCCUCGCCACACCUGCUUUGACGCCAGACGAAUCUGAGGCGCUUCCUGUCCAAGAUUUUGUCCGACGCGUCGCCGAUCUCCACCAAACACGCGGCUUUCCACGCAAGUUUGAACUACUGAAGGAGAGCUACGAGGAAGUGUGCGGGGCGAACGCGGCCAUGACCUCGGACAUCUCCAACCAUCCCGACAACAAGACGAAGAAUCGUUACAGCAACAUCCUGGCCUACGACCACAGUCGAGUGCGACUCUCCAGCAAGGACGGACGCAGCCGAGACUACAUCAACGCCAACUUUGUGGAUGGCUUCAAGACCAGGCACUCGUACAUUGCGGCCCAAGGUCCACUCAAGUCCAGCACCGACGACUUCUGGCGGAUGAUUUGGGAACAGAACGUGGGCGUCAUCGUCAUGAUCACCAACCUGGUGGAGAAAGGCCGGAGGAAGUGCGACCAGUACUGGCCGGCGGACGUGCACGAGGACUACGGCGGGAUCCUGGUGACGCUGAAAAGCACCCGCCGGCUGGCCAACUACACCCGCCGCACCUUCGCCGUGGUCGAGGCGCAGCAGGUCAAAAAGGGUUCUCAGAAGGGGCGGGGCUCGGAGCGGACGGUCACACAGUACCACUACACCCGCUGGCCCGACAUGGGCGUGGCCGAGCAGGCGCUGCCGCUGCUGACCUUCGUGCGCAAGUCGUCCCGGGCCAGGACCGCCCGCAUGGGCCCCGUGUUGGUGCACUGCAGCGCGGGUGUGGGCCGCACAGGCACCUACAUGGUCCUGGACAGCAUGCUGAAGCAGCUGCGGGACGAGGGCGCCGUCGACGUGGACGGCUACCUCAGGCACAUCCGCACCCAGAGGAACUACCUGGUCCAGACCCAGGAGCAGUACGUUUUUAUCCACGACGCCCUGGUGGAGGCCAUCAACUGCGGGGAGUCGGAGGUGGCGGGGUCUCACCUGCACAGCUACGUGGACCAGCUUCUGACGGCGGGGCAGGACGGGAGGACGCCGCUGGACCGACAGCUGAAGCUGCUGAGUGGUGGCAACUCCAAGACCAGCAGCGGCGACGACAACGACGACGAGGCGCUCGCUCUUCAGGGCCGCGACCGACACAAGAACAGAAGCGGCUCGCUGCUCCCGGUUGAGAGCUCCCGUGUGCGUCUGUCUACGUGCGCGGGCGACACGUCAGACUACAUCAACGCAUCCUACGUGACAGGGUACAAGUACAGCAAGGAGUUCAUCAUUACCCAAAAUCCUUUGCCACACACCCUCAAGGACUUCUGGAGGAUGAUUUGGGACCACAACACACGUGUCAUCGUGUCACUGCCGGGACCACAACCCACUGAGGAGGCGGCGGCGGCCAUCUUUGGUCCCGGCGAAGGACAGCGCGUGGCGUACGAGGCGUUCACUGUCUCCCACGUGUCGGAGAAUCUGGUGUGCAUGUCCAACGAGGACCUGCUGCUGGUCCAGGACUUUGCGCUGCAGGCCACGCGGGACGACUACAUCCUGCAGGUGAGAGUCUACCGUGCCCCCUGUUGGCCACGCCCAGACAGUCCCAUCAGCAGCACCUGGGAGCUGCUGCACCUGCUCAAAGACACCAUCUGGGCCCAGGAAGUACCCACUGUGGUCCAGGACUGUUUGGGCGGAGUCACGGCAGGAACAUUCUGCGCUCUUUUGACCUUGAUGCGACAAGUGGACACUGAAGGUUCUGUGGACGUCUUCCAGGUGGCCAAGCUCACCAACCUAGCCAGACCCGGAACCUUCUCUGACCUCGAGCACGUGCAGUUUGUCUACACGGCGCUGCUGAGCCUGCUGAGCACGCGGGAGGACGGCGCCGACGAGAAGGGCGUGGUCACGCUGGCGAGGAACGCGGCGGCCGAGAGCAUGGAGUCUCUGGUGUGAUCGUCACGCCAACAAGAACCUUCUUUUUUUUUUUUUUUUAUAAGGACAGACUUUGCAAUGUUGGACUUUUUGGUCCUCAUGUGCCUUUUUUUUCUUCUUUCUACUGAAUUUACUAACACGUCUGCUAAGAACUUUUUAUUGGCAGCAACUUUAAUCUGUAAAUAAUCUCCUCUGGACCAAAUCUAUUUAUACUUUUAUUCUGACAUCUUUAUACUUCCCCUGUAGGCUUUUAUUCUGACAGCCAUUAAAGGACGUGUUGACAUAA